AUGUCAGACAAAUCCCGUCUCGACCGCGUAUACGCGCAACUCUUACGACACCAUCCCUACGGAUGGGCACUCUACAAGAAGGUCACAAAGCGAGACAUAUUCCCCGGCAGCUGUGGCUAUUUUGACACGGAUGGUGACUGGAAGACCCUGGUGGACCUGAACGACGGACCUGGUCUCGUCAGUCAAGGAUGGACCUCGCCGGGUGAUGGGAUAACCGGCACGAAAAGCCCCGAGGCGAUGACUUGGGGUCCGAAGAAUUCGGUCUCGAUCCAGUCGAACCACGUCGGAGGCACAGUUGGGGCUGCUAUACCAGGCGCCCCCAUCUCCGCCUCCAUCUCAACGCUCUUCUCGACCCAAAGCUCGCACGGCGCCGUCCUCGCAACCCAGCCCCCGGUCUGGAAAAGCGAGAUCGGCAGCGUCGGCAGCGCCGUGCGCUGGAUGAUCGAGAACAAGCGCGCGAUGUUGCAGCAGCACCGCGACGUCUUCACGAAGCACGGCAUCUGGAUCGUCACCAAGACGUACUCGACGCGGCGGUGCGCCGUCGCGGUCAUGACGGCGAAGUCGUCCACCGUCGAGAUCGGCCUGGAGGCCGACGCGCAGGGCGUGCUGACGCUGGCGCCGAGUAGUGGCUGGACGAGCAGCACGGGGAGCUCGGCCGUGGAAGUGCAUGAGGAUGAGAGGGAUGGGCUUGUGGUUUUUAUCAGUGGAGUUUAUUUUUCCCCCAAGGUUUUUAGCUGGGGGUUGAGCCACACGGGUGAUCAGGGGAAGCAAGGGGGGAAGCUAUUCCGUGGUGAUGAGGAUGGAGAUGCGGAUGACGAUGUUAUGCUGGAUAUGGAAUUCUACCCGCCUCUUGAGGAGGAGGAGGAGGAGGAGGACAUGGGCUCUGAGUUGGACUCGGAGGGCGAUUGAUGGCCGGAGUAGUGGGCUAGAUACCCAGCUGAACUCAUCCAUACCUCAUCUCUGGCGUUCUAAUCACGCUGAGAGACUUUAAG